CACUUUGCACUUAACCACGCCCAUUGAAAUUUUUCUAAUUAAUUUUGAGUCUGUUUGAGAUAAUUAUUUCUUAGAGUUGAAUUCUUUCUUUCUUUCUUUUUAAAAAUGUCUGAGGAACUCUCCCACCAGUUGGAAGGAAAGCAAGGGCUAGAGCAGUUCCUACUGUUAGCCAAGACAGCAACAGGGGCAGCUGCCUCCCAGCUAAUAAUGGACGCCAUUAGUUCUAAAGGUGUGUAUGUCUUCAGUGAGUUGCUAGAGAUGGAGAAUAUCCAGUCGCUUAAAGGGACGGAACAUGAAUCAUAUCUUGAGCUGUUAAGAAUAUUCGCUUACGGAACUUACUCCGAUUACAAGAAUAAUUUGAAUUCAUUGCCACGCCUCUUACCGGCUCAGUUAAUUAAAAUAAAACAUCUCACGAUUUUAUCACUUGCGUCAAAGAACAGAACUCUCUCUUAUUCAACUCUUCUUGAAGAACUUGAAGUUAAUAAUGUUAGAGAAUUAGAGGAUUUAAUUAUUGAAGCAAUUUACAGAAAUAUUUUACAUGCAAAAUUAGAUCAAAGUAAUCAUCAACUUGAGAUCGACUCCUUUAUUGGGCGGGACAUACAGUUGGAGCAGCUGGACAAUAUGCUGGAUAAACUAGACCAAUGGUGUUCAAAUUGUGCGUCUGUUAUACAAAUAAUGGAGCAGGAGAUGGUUCGGGCAAACGAAUUGAAAAGUAACAACAACAAGCAGAAGGAAUCACUUGAGCAAGAGAUCAAGUCUCUACGACAGGCUGUAUCAGUGGCUCAAGACUUUGACCAGCAGACGACUUCAUCUUCUGAAGCUUUUGAUAGUCAGCAUAAAUUCCAAAAGAAAGGGCUUAGGGGAAGCCUUGCAAGAUCUAAGUCGUGACUUUAUUAUUAAUUUUUAGUGUAAACUAGUUGUGUUGUUCAAUUACUUUAAAAUCUAUUAUCAUCAAGAG